AUGACCUCUGGGGCCAGUUUCUCCGCAAACGCCGCGGUGGCCGCGAUCGACGCCGUCUCGCGCGGCAAUUUCUCCGAACCUUACUACUCAGCCGCCGCAUUCUCUCCCAUUCCAUCCGUCUCCACCGCAUUUCUCGGCCCGUCCGCCGCGCCGCCGCCGGCGCCGCCUCCGCAAUUCGUAGAUUCGUUCUGCAAGCCGCAGUUUAACGGAUCGUGGGAGUCAAUCACGAACGAGCUAGGCGCUUUCACGCCCUGCUUCAUCGACAUUGUCGUACUCGGUACAGCGUACCUCGCUAUGAUUCUUCUAGCCGUGCUGCGGCUGUACGUUCUCUACACCACCCCCCGCGCGCAGCAGCGGGCGGUUGCGCCAGGGUGGCGCGGGGAGCGGGGGAUCGUGGCGGCUGCUGCGCUGGCGCUGAUGUGUGCGGUGGUCCCGCUGAUGCAGCUGAGCGCUCGCGUGUCACUGAGCUCUUUCUCUACAGAUGCGGAUUUACCGCCUUAUGAGGUUUGCUCCUUGAUCCUCGCGUUUCUCGCCUGGGCGCUCACAACAACGGCUCUCUUCUGGGAGCGCAGGCGCAUGGCAGUGAAGGGCGCAUGGCUGCUGCGAUUCGCAGUGCUCUACGUGAUGGUGGGGCAGCUGGCGAAGCUGAGAUUCGUGCUCAUUCUGCAGCAGGACUUCCAGGCCUUGUUUGUGGAGCUUUCCUUUGGCUUCACAUCAGCCCAUGUGCUCCUAGGCUUGCUAGCGCUCUUGUUCUUCCCCAACCUGCUCCCUCUUGAGCACCCUUCGCCAGGCCUCUCCUCCUCCCCCGCCCUCGCAGGCACAGAGGCAGAGGCAGCAGCACCGCUCUUGCCACCUGCAGCUGCAGGGCCUGUGGGUGGGGCGGAAGGAGAAGCAGCGGAGGAGGAAGGAGAUAACCAGGGGCAGGUGUGCCCUGAAGACUACACCAGCUUCAUCAACCGUACUAUUAGCUCUCACCUGUUCCUUAAACCCCACAGCUGUCUGACGUUUGGGUGGAUGACGCCUCUCAUGGCUUUGGGGUACCGGCGCCCAUUGGAGGACAGCGAUGUGUGGCGCCUGAAUGAUGGCGACCACACUGCCACGGUGUAUGGCAGGUUUGAGCGCGUGUGGAGGGAGGAGAAGGGGCGCCCCAAGCCGUGGCUGCUGCGCGCCCUGCACUCCUGCUUUGGCCGCCGGUUCUGGUGGGGUGGUUUCUGCAAGAUUGGCAACGACGCCUCUCAGUUUGUGGGACCGCUGAUGCUCAGCCGCCUGCUGUCAGCCAUGCAAUCAGACGAGCCUGCAUGGCACGGCUACAUCUAUGCCACCAUCAUAUUUCUUGGACUGGGGUCUGCCACGCAGUGGGAAGAGCCUGCAUGGCACGGCUACAUCUAUGCCACCAUCAUCUUCCUGGGGCUGGGGUCAGAGGUCAGAGGUCAAGGGUCAGCCAUGCAGUUGGGCGAGUGUGCACAGCACGGCUCCAUCUAUUCCACCAUCAUCAACACCACCAUCAUCGUCCUGGGACUGGCGCAUUACUUCCAGAGCGACAUGCGCUUGAGAGGCUUCUAUGACCACUCCACCCCCAUUAAUACCCUAGCACCGCACAUCACCCCCGUUACCCCUGUAUCACCGCACACCACCCCUCUCCUGCACCUCCUGGGCACCAGCACCGCACGUCACCCCUCCCUACACCAGGUGGGAGGGGUCAUCUGUGAGGCGCAGUACUUCCAGAAUGUCAUGCGCGUGGGCUUCCAGCUGCGACAGGCCAUGGGAUGUUUUGAGAAUUCUCAAAACAUCCCUUUCCAUCCCCAUGGUCUCCCCAUCCCAACCUCCUCUUCCUCAAGAAGUUGUGGCAGCGGUGUUCAGCAAGCCCCUGCGGUAGCAGCAGUGUUCAGCAAGUCACUCCGGCUGAGUCACAGUGGGCGGCAGGGCUUCAGCACGGGGCGCAUCACCAACAUGAUGACCAACGACGCUGAGUCCCUGCAGAUGGUGUGUCAGCAGUUGCACGGCCUCUGGUCGGCGCCUCUCCGCAUCCUCGUCUGCAUCUUCCUGCUCUACCAACAGCUGGGGGUGGCAUCUGUGCUCGGCCUGCUCAUGCUGCUCCUCAUGAUCCUCGCCCAGGCGGUGAUAGUGAACCGGGUGCAGAAGCUGGUGAAGGCAUCACUGCAGCGCAGCGACAAGCGAGUGGCGCUCAUGAGCGAGCUGCUGCCAGCCAUGGACGUCGCAGUGAUAGUGAAUAGGGUACAGAAGCUGGUGAAGGCAUCACUGCAGCGCAGCGACAAGCGAGUGGCGCUCAUGAGCGAGGUGCUGGCAGCAAUGGAUGUGGUCAAGUUGUACACGUGGGAGGGGAGCUUUCAGAGCAAGGUGGCACGCGUUCGAGCGGACGAGAUGGGGCAGAUUUCCAAGGCGCAAUACAUCAUGGCGAUCAACUUCUUGCUGAUGAGUGUGCUGCCAGUGCUGGUGACGGUGGUGUCGUUCGGCUGCUACUCGCUGCUGGGCCACCAGCUCACAGCCGCCAAGGCCUUCACCUCUAUCUCCCUCUUCGCUGUGCUGCACUACCUCCUCCACAUGUUCCCCAGCCUCAUCACCCAAGUGAGUGCUCAGCUCAUUGCUAUGUAUGUGGAGAAAUUUGCACGGGACGCUAAAGUGGUGAAUGUGAACGUGUCUCUCACGCGCCUGCAGGAGAUGCUACUGGCAGACGAAACAAACAUUGACGCCCCUGCGCCGCCCAUCGACCCCGCCAAGCCGGCAGUCGAGGUUUCCCAUGCCUCCUUCGCCUGGAGCGCUGCCCCCUCUGCUCCUGCUCCCACUGCUGCUGCUGCUAACGGUGCUGCUACUGGUCCUGGUGGUAGCAGUGCUGCUGGGGGAGGAGGGGGAGUUGGCAGAGAGAAGGUUGGAGUGGGAGGGGAGGGGAAGGAGAAGGACGUGGGGGGCACGCUAACAGAUGUGACUCUAUCGGUGGAGCCUGGGAAGCUGGUGGCUGUUGUGGGCGCCACAGGGCAAGGCAAGUCGUCGCUGGUCAGUGCACUGCUGGGCGAGAUGCCCAUGGUGUCAGGGGACUCUCCUCCAAUGAUCAGAGGCCGCGUGGCCUAUGUCUCGCAGGUCUCCUGGAUCUUCAACGCCACAGUGCGCGAGAACAUUCUGUUCGGGCUGCCGUACGACCGGCAGCGGUACGAGCGGGCAGUGAGAGUGAGCGCCCUGGAGAGGGACCUGCAGCUGCUGCCAGGAGGGGACCUGACGGAGAUAGGCGAGAGGGGAGUGAACGUGAGUGGCGGGCAGAAGCAGCGCAUCAGCAUCGCGAGAGCGGUCUACUCCGACGCCGAUGUGUUCCUCCCGCUCUCCGCCCUCGACGCCCACGUCGCCAAGCAGGUGGGUUGCUGCAUUGGGCCUGGAGUUUUGGAGCCGGGCAUUCAGGAGUUAGGGCUUCGGGAUGAGAGGGGUGUGGACAUGAGUGGGGGGCAGAAGCAGCACAUCAGCAGUUACUCCAACGCUGAUGUCUUUUUCUUUGACGACCCGCUCUCCGCCCUCGACGCCCAAGUUGCCAAGCAGGUGUACGACAUGUGUGUGAGGACGGAGCUUGCCGGCCGCACGCGCAUCAUGGUUACGAACCAGCUGCACUUCCUACCAGCGGUGGACUGGGUGGUGAUGGUGGAGGGGCGGCGCAUAGCAGAGCAGGGGCCGUAUGUGCAGCUGAAGGCGUCGGCACCCAAGUUCCAGAGGCUGCUGGAGAAGGCAGGCGCGCUGGAGGAGCACGGGGACGCGGAGGUGGGCGGAGAGGGAGGGGAAACAGCCGGUGGGAGUGAGACAAGCGCUGAAGCUGCAGCUGCUGCUGCAAUGUCUGGCAGCAGCAGCAACAGUGGUGGUGGUGGCGGGGGUUCUGCUGCUGCAGAGAACGGCUUUUCUAGCAGCAGAAACCAGGUUGGGGAGAAAAGCGGAGCAGGGAAGGGGGAGAGGAGGGGAGCAGGGAAAGGGGAGAAGAGCGGAGCAGCAGGGGGAACAACUCUAGUGCAGGUGGAGGAGAAGGCGCAGGGGGUGGUGAGCGCGGCGGUGGUGUGGCGGUAUGUGAGGGCCAUGGGGGGGGCAGGCGUGCUGGCGGUGCUCAUCUCGCUCUACGUGCUCGAGGAGGCCGCGAGGGUGCUGGCCAGCGUGUGGAUCAGCGUUUGGACGGGGAGUGUUUCUCAGGAGGAGAGUGGUGGGCAUGGGUCGCUGUAUUUUGUGGCGGUCUAUUCGCUCAUCUCCCUGGGCCAAGUGCUGCUCACCUUCGCCAACCAAUACUUCCUGGUGUUUUCCUCCCAGAGAGCGGCUGGGCGUCUGCACGAUGCCAUGCUGGCGGCCAUUCUCCGCGCCCCCAUGUCCUUCUUUCACACUAACCCCGUGGGUUGUCUGAUCAACCGCUUCACCAAGGACACGGCGGACAUAGACAAGAAUCUCGCGCAGUACACGUCUCUCUCUGUGGGUCGUCUGAUCAACCGUUUCACUAAAGAUACGGCCGACAUCGAUAAAAACCUCGCGCAGUACACGUCGCUGUGCCUGGGAGGAAUAUUCCAGCUGCUCUCCACCUUCGCCCUCAUCGGCGUUCUCAACACCGUCGCCCUCUGGGCCAUCGUGCCGCUGCUGCUCCUCUUCUACAUCGUUUACCUCUACUUCCAAAACACUGCCCGGGAGGUCAAGCGCUGGGACUCAGUGACGCGCUCUCCCGUCUACUCCCAGGUACGCUUUGAGGCAGCUCAGAAUUUUAAGCCAAAUGAGUGGACCAUCGUGCCACUGCUGCUGCUCUUCUAUGUGGUCUACCUCCACUUCCAGAACACUGCAAUGGAGAUGGAGUACUGGGACUCUGUCACACGCUCGCCCGUCUACUCCCAGGUGUGUGUCCACUUUGUUCGCCGAGGCACUGAGCGGGCUGGCAACUAUGAGGGCGUACAGGGCAGCAGCAUGGGGCAUGGCAGGGAUGAACGAGUGCCACCAACCCCCCCUUCUUCUCCCCCCUCCCACUUCUCACACGCACACAACCCGUCCCCCUCUCAGUUCACGGAGGCACUGAACGGGCUGGCAACUAUGAGGGCGUACAGGGCAGUGGCAUGGCGCAUGGAGGGGAUGAACGAGCGCCACCAACCCCCCCUUCUUCUCCCCCCCUCCACAUGCAUACAAAACCCAUCCACCUCUCAGUUCGCGGAGGCACUGAACGGGCUGGCGACCAUCAGGGCGUACAGGGCAGCGCAGCUCAUGGCGGCCAUGAACGGGCAUGCGGUGGACCGCAACACGCGCUUCACCCUCGUCAGCAUGAGCGCCAACCGCUGGCUCGCCUUCCGCCUCGAAUUCCUGGGCGGACUCAUGAUCUUUGGUCAGUGA